GUCAUUCAAAUGCUGCAGAAAGCAGAUGCAAUAUAUCUAUUUUUGUCGUGGUGUAGAGAAAAAAAAAAGGGGAUUUUCAAAGUGGGGGAAAACCAGGUUCAAGAGCUGCUGUGAGCUACUCCUCUAUUACUGUUGUGAUAGCAGCGUUUGAGUGCACUUUAAUGAGUUUUAAUGAGCGCCGUGGAGGACUGCGCGCUGACGACAGCGAUGUGUCAAUGCUGCUGGAGAUUGUGGGGCACUUAGGCAAGAAGCAGCGAUGAAGGGGAGGGCAGCGGACGGCGUCAUGUGAGCCAAAUUAGCUCAGCUUGUUGUUUACGCAAUGGAUGUUUGCUGGAGCCACUGAGGGACGUCAGGGGUCUGAGUGGUGGGGGGUGACACACACACACACACACACACACACACACACACACACACACACACACACACACACUACACACACACUCGGGUGGUUGUGGAGACUGUCACUGCCUCUGUAGCCUCACAGUUCUGUAAAUACGCUCAGCUCAAACAGCAGCAGCAGCCCCGAGGAGGACGGGCAGGAUUCCAUCAAGGGGGUUUUUGGACGCUGGAUUAUUUUUGUCGGAUUCUUGCAUCUACAUUUUUUUGAACACCUCAGGAUGCGUGGCUCGACUGAUCACACAGCGAGGAUAUUUUCUCCUCUCCGGACGUUGGUUUGACGAGAGUCGAGGGAGCGUGGAGUUGUUUUUGGUUUGAUUUGAGGAUCGAUGUGCGAAGGCGGCGUACCUCUGUGUUAAUUGCCAGGUUGAUGGAAGUGGGUGUAAGUGGAGGGAGUGAGGCAUUGAUGAUGUGACUGCAUGACCUACUGUAGGACCAACCUGCCAGGGCUGAGCGGGGGAAAGGCGAGAGAUGCAGUGAAGACGGGCCGACACACCUCGGGUCAAAGGUUAAACGCUCGCCAGGAGGCGGAGGUGCGGGAUGCAGUCUUGCAAACAGGAGCAGCCGUUGGCUCUCACCGCGGUGAAGUCACACUAUCCGACCAAUGGGAAAGAAGAGGAGGUGAACACAGAUGCAGAUAACAUGGAAGAAGAGGCGGAGUUUAACUGGGAGGAGUACAUGGAGGAGACGGGGGCUAACGGUGCCCCCCACACCACCUUCAAACAUGUGGAGAUCAGCCUGCAGAGCAGCUUCCAGCCUGGUAUGAAGCUGGAGGUGGCCAAUAAGAGCAACCCGGACACGUACUGGGUGGCCACCAUUAUCACCACGUGCGGCCAGCUGCUGCUGCUGCGCUUCAGCGGCUACGGCGAGGACCGCAAGGCCGACUUCUGGUGCGAUGUCAUGACGGCCGAGCUGCACCCGGUGGGCUGGUGCUCCCUGAACAAUAAGACCCUCAUGCCCCCCGAAGAUAACGUUUACCUAAGAAAAGCCAUCAAGGAGAAACACAGCGACUGGACGGAGUUCCUCAUUCACGACCUGACCGGCUCCAGGACGGCACCGGCCAACCUGCUGGAGGGGCCUCUCCGAGGUAAGAACACGGUGGAUCUGAUCGUCGAGGGCUCGGUCUUGGAGCUUCAGGACGUCUCAGACCCGUUACUUUACUGGCCUGUUCAUGUCUUACACAACGUCGGAGGGAGGCUACGUCUACGCUACGCCGGCCUCUCUGACGACAACCAAGCUGACGACACCUGGCUGUUCUACCUGGACGUCAGGCUCCGGCCGCUCGGCUGGGCUCUGGAGAACCGCCUCACCUUGGAGCCGCCUACAGCGCUCCGGUCUUUGAAGAGCGCCUCCGACUGGCAGAAAGCUCUGGAGGACGCUCGGCUCGACGGACAGGCGAGCCCGCUGCCGCUUGAAGUGUUCAAGGACCACGUAGACCUGCCUAAGCACUCCUUCAAGACGGGGAUGAAGCUGGAGAUGGUUUCUCCGUGGGAGCAGCUCCGGAUCUGCCCCGUUUCUGUCACCAAGGUGUACGAUGAGAUCUACUUCCAGGUCAUGCUGGACGAUCUCUCAGUCGAAGCUAAGCCGAGGUUCGUGGUGUGUCACGCCAGCUCGCCGGGUAUUCUGCCCGUGCAGUGGUGUCUGAAGAACGGCGUCGGCCUGGAGCGACCCCCGGGUUACGACGGUCAGGACUUCGACUGGGCGGACUACCUGAAGCACAGCGGGACGGAGGCGGCCCCUGACGCCUGCUUCCCUGAUACAUGGCAGAACAGAGGCUUUGCCAAGGACAUGUGGCUGGAGGCGGUGAACCCUCACCGGCCGGCCGAGGUGUGCGUGGCUCAGAUCACGCAGGUCAGAGGACGCCUGCUGUGGCUCCGACUGGAAGGUGUGGUGAAGCCGCUGUCAGAGUGCAUCGUGGAUGUCGAGUCCAUGGACAUCUUCCCUGUCGGCUGGUGCGAGGCCAACGCUUACCCUCUGACCCCUCCAUUCAAACCUGUCUGCCUGAAACAGAAGAAGAUAGCGGUGGUCCAGCCGGAGAAACAGUUGGCUCCGUCCCAGCCGUUAGAGACGACUCCCGUCAACCACUGCCAGCCCGUCGCCGUGGAUCCAGGCUCAGCCAACGGCAGAUACUGCUGCUCCAAGAUUUUUGUCAACCACCGCUGCUUCUCAGGACCUUACCUCAACAAGGGACGCAUCGCGGAGCUGCCGCAGGCCGUCGGACCUGGAAAAUGCACGCUGGUCCUCAAAGAGCUGCUGAGCAUGCUGAUCAACGCCGCCUACAAGCCUGGACGAGUCCUGAAGGAGCUGCAGGAGCUGGAGGAUCAGAGCUGGGACUGCCAAGAGGAGACCCUCAAAGCCAAAUAUAAAGGGAAAACCUAUCGCUCCACCAUCAGGAUAGUCCGUAUCGCAGACCAGAUCCCAGACUUCUGCCGGAAGGUGUGCGUGAAGCUGCAGUGCUGCUCGAACCUCUUCAGCCCCGUCCUCGUCACCGACAAGUGCCCGGAGAACUGCUCGGUUCAGACGAAAACCAAAUACACCUACUACUAUGGGAAGAAGAGGAAGCUGUCCAAGCCGAUGGGAGGAGAGGAGGCGGCGGAGGGAGACCUGGCCAAGCCGACGCGCCGCAGGAAGAAGAGGAAAGCUAUCUUUGUGCAGAAGAAGAGACGCUCGUCCACCGUGGACUACACUCCUGCUGGCUCACCGCAGGACAGCGACGAAGGCGAGGAGGAUGAGGAGAUGGCGUUACAGUCGGGAAGCGAGGGCACCAGCUCGGAGCCACGCGAGGAUCACACCGACGCCUCCUCGGUGGAGGUGACCAGCAGCCGUCCUCGCCGGGCCGUGACGCUGCGCAGGGCCUUCAGCGCCGGGAACACCGCAAGCAGCCGGGAGGUCCCCGAAGGUCGCAGGAGGUCGACCCGCUCGCUGUCGGCCUACAACCAGAGCAACAAGUAUCAGCCGCCCAAAGGACAAGACAUGCAGGUGCAGAGAGAGAGACGACACACUGAUGGAGGUUCAGCCCUCACAGUGGUGGAGGAGGAGGGUCAGCUGGUUUUGGACAGAAAUCCUCUGGAGUGGAGCGUAGACGAAGUCGUUCAGUUUAUCAACUCUACCGACUGUGCAUCGCUGGCCAACAUCUUCCAGGAGCAGGACAUCGACGGCCAGGCGCUGCUGCUGCUCACCCUGCCCACCGUACAGGAGUGUAUGGACCUGAAGCUCGGCCCCGCCAUCAAACUGUGUCACCAGAUAGAGCGAGUCAAGGUUGCCUUUUACAAACAGUACGCCAACUGACCAGCGAGCAACGGCGGCGGCAACGGCGAACACCCGGGCAGUGGAAGGAAACGUGGUUGCACACGGUUUGGAAAUGUUGGAUCGGGAGCCUCUUGUUGGAAAACUUUUGGAAGUUUUGUGGAUUUCUAACUCGCAAGAAUGAAAAGGGAUUUUUUUCUUUUUUGUUUUUUUUUUGUUUCGUUUUUUCGGAGCUUUGGAAAAGACACAAACUUAAAGUUACAACAGGAGAAGCUGAGGAUUCAUUUUCUGGGAUACUGACGGUGUGAAAAUGUGACGCGGCAUCCAGAAAAUCUUCCCCGCUGUCGACUCUGGCAGAAGGAAACACGUCGUGGAGUCGAUCCAUGUGCUUUACUGAUCUGUGAAGAAGUUAUUUUGAGAAGCUGAGGACAAGAUUUUGUUUAUUUCUUUGCUUUUCAUUUCAUUUUUAUUUGUGAUAGGAGCAUUAUAGCAUUUAAGUUAAAAAAAGAAAAUGAAUUAUUGACCAGAAAGACUUCUCCCCUGUUUUUAUGUGACAUGAUUGGUCCUGAAAAGAUUUAUUUGAAAAAGUAUUUAACAAACCAAGAAAUAAUAUAUUUGGAAUAUUUAUUAUCUUAAUUUAUAAAAAGGAGUAAUCUAUUUGGAGAAAGAAACAUGAACUCCUUUUCCACUGAAACAAACAAAACAGAUCCAAAUUUAUUUAGAUUCACGCUUCAGUUUGUGUUUAUAGAGGAAUAAAAAAAGAAACACGCCGCCUCGUGAUGACCCUCUGAAAUACUUCAAACCCAGUCGUGCUCACUUCUCAUGGUUACAAUCACAUGAACCAAUCAUGUAAGCUAUUCUGUGUCCAUCUAUGCAAAUGUGUUGCAGAUAUUUUUGAUAAGUAAGAAAAUAAAUUUCUAUUGAUUUUUA